UGCUCUUCGUCUCGAGUCUCGAGCCGCCAUAAAGCGCCGCGCUCUGUUCAAGGGUCCGUGUUCUCGCGGGUCGAGGAGGACUACCUGUGGCGGAUCCAGCAGCUGGGCGCGCACUCCCCGGUGGCGCUUCUGAACACACUGUUCUACUUCAACACCAAGUACUUCGGCCUGAAAACCGUGGAGCAGCACCUGAGGCUGUCCUUCGGCACGGUGGCCAGGCACUGGAAGAAGAACCCCCUGACGAUGGAGAGCAGAGCGUGCCUGCGGUACCAGGUGUCUUCCUUAUGUGGCGCGGAUAGCGAAGAUAAAAUUACUACUGGAAAGAGAAAACAUGAAGAUGAUGAGCCAGUAUUUGAACAAAUUGAAAAUACAGCCAAUCCUUCUAGAUGUCCUGUGAAAAUGUUUGAAUGCUACUUGUCUAAAAGUCCACAGAAUCUUAAUCAGAGAAUGGAUGUUUUUUAUUUGCAACCAGAGUGCUCCAGCUCUGCCGAGAGCCCCGUCUGGUACACGUCGGCCUCACUGGACCGCGGCACCUUGGAAAACAUGCUCGUGCGCGUCCUGUUAGUGAAGGACGUUUAUGAUAAGGACUGUUACGAACUGGACGAAGACACAGACUGAGAAGGAACCUUCCGAAGCAGUCGGGACAGAACAGCGUUAGAUAGUCAAGCUGCUAGGUCUUUGUUAAGGCAAACAUUUCAAGUUUACUCCUUCUGUUCUGAGUUUUGUAGCAGUGAACCCACACUGGGUGUUACCAUGUAAAUAAUCUGUGAGUGAAAGUUGCCAUUAUUCUAUGUAGUGGUUUUAGGAUACUUAACAAAUACAUUCAAAUUCUUUUUUUAUUAUUAUUUAUUUGAUUAGGUCUGUUUGUAACUUUUUACAUGACAAAAUACGAAUGAGAAUGUGCCAUGCAUAAUUUUUCCUGUAGUAAGAAACGUCCACAUUGCACAACCCCACUGUCACAGGGCUUCCUGGAGGGGCUCUCCCCGCGGGUCCCGGCCGGGCGGUCGCGUGCGGGAGCACGACGGAAGUCAGAGCUUGCGGUGUUUUCAGGAUGUUUAAAAUAAACUGUAAACUACUA